GAUAACAACCACAUGAAUGAACCUCUGAACCAAACACAGAUUCUUCACUCUAUGUUGCUACAACUCUCUCUUUUUCAUCUUCUUGGCCUCCUUCAAACUCCAAACCAACUUCAUCACUCAUCUUCUCUGGUAAAGUUUACUCUUUCAGCAGAUUGGUCUAUAGGGUGAGUGAAUUAUGUUCAUGAAGCUUAAGUUUCAGUGUUCAGUGAAAGCAAUGAAAAGGGAUAUGCAAAAACGGAAGGGUUAAACUGAGAUGGCUACAAGCAAUUCCUACCUCCCUAGUGCUCCUUCUUCUCUUCUUCCAAUCUCAAUUCACAAGUUCCAAAUCACUCAACUCAGACCAAAACCAAAUGUGUCUUCCAUCAAACAGCACAUCAACCUCAGUGAAACACAACAACUCCAAGGUCACUUCAUCAAAACCAGUUCCAGUUGGAGUUUUAGAGUCCCUUUUGCAGCACUGGAAAGUCAUUCUAGCAAUGAAGCAAUUUACAGCUUCCUAAUUACAUCUUACAUAAAAAACAAAAGCCCUGCAGAUGCUGCAAAAAUCUAUGCCUAUAUGCGUAGAACAGACACCGAAGUUGACAAUUUUAUCAUACCCUCGGUUCUCAAAGCAUGCUGCCUUAUCCCUUCAAUCUUGCUAGGACAAGAGUUGCAUGGUUUUGUGGUGAAAAAUGGCUUUCAUGGGGAUGUUUUUGUGUGUAAUGCUUUAAUCAUGAUGUACAGUGAGGUUGGAAGCUUGGAAUCGGCACGGUUGUUAUUUGAUAAGAUUGAGAACAAAGAUGCUGUUUCUUGGAGUACUAUGAUUAGGAGCUAUGAUAGGAGUGGUUUGUUUGAUGAAGCAUUGGACCUUUUGAGAGGUAUGUUUAUAAUGGGAGUGAGGCCUAGUGAAACUGCAAUGUUAAGCAUCACACAUGUCUUGGCAGAACUUGCUGAAUUGAAAUUGGGAAAAGCCAUGCAUGGUUAUGUGAUAAGGAAUGUGAAGUUCGGGAAAUCAGAAGUUCCUCUAAGUACUGGUUUGAUUGAUAUGUACGUUAAGUGUGGAAAUUUAGGUUAUGCAAAAAGGCUUUUUGAUGGCUUGUCUGAGGCUAGUAUCAUUUCAUGGACUGCUAUGAUUGCAGGCUACAUUCAUUGCAAUAACUUGAAUGAAGGUGUAAGAUUCUUUGUCAAAAUGCUUGAAGAGGGUAUGUUUCCAAAUGAGAUUACGAUCCUUAGUUUGGUCAAAGAAUGUGGCAUAGCAGGUGCUCUAGAACUAGGAAAGUGGCUGCAUGCUUUCACAUUAAGAACUGGGUUCACCAUGUCUUUGGUUCUUGCCACUGCUUUCAUUCACAUGUAUGGCAAAUGUGGUGAUGCUAGAAGAGCAAGAUCUCUGUUUAACAGCUUCAAGAGCAAAGAUUUAAUGAUGUGGAGUGCCAUGAUUUCAGCUUAUGCACAAAACAAUUGUACAGAUGAAGCAUUUGAUGUCUUUGUGCACAUGACAGGUUGUGGAAUAAGGCCAAAUGAGAUGACCAUGGUUACCCUCCUCAAGGUAUGUGCAAAAGCUGGAUCACUUGAAAUGGGAAAGUGGAUCCAUUCUUACAUAGAUAAACAAGGAAUUAAAGAAGAUAUGAUUCUUAGAACAGCUUUGGUGGACAUGUAUGCCAAAUGUGGAGACAUAGAUAUAGCUCACAGAUUGUUUGAUGCAGCAAUGGACCGUGACGUUUCAAUGUGGAAUGCCAUGAUAUCAGGUUUUGCAGUGCAUGGUCAUGGUGAGGCAGCAAUGAAACUGUUUGAAGAAAUGCAAGCACAGGGGGUUCUCCCUAAUGACAUUACAUUCAUUGGUGCUCUUCAUGCUUGUAGUCACUCAGGAUUGUUGCAAGAAGGGAAGAGGCUAUUUGACAGAAUGGUUCAUGAAUUUGGACUUAUCCCAAAAGUUGAACACUAUGGUUGUAUGGUGGAUGUUCUUGGUAGAGCAGGAAUGCUUGAUGAAGCACAGGAAUUGAUUAAGAACAUGCCUAUGAGGCCAAGCAUGGCUGUGUUUGGAUCUCUUCUUUCUGCAUGCAGGCUUCACAAAAAUCUCAAAGUAGGAGAAUGGGCAGCAGAACAGUUUCUCUCAUUGGAACCUCACAAAAGUGGGUAUAACGUUCUGAUGUCAAACAUAUAUGCAUCAGAAAGCAGAUGGGGUGAUGUUGCAUACAUAAGGAAAGGUAUGAAGGAUGAGGGAAUUGUUAAAGUUGCAGGUGUUAGUUCCAUUGAAGUGAAUGGAUCACUUCAUGAAUUCAUAAUGGGAGAUAGGGAUCACCCAGAUGCUGAGAAAAUUUAUGAAAUGAUUGAUGAGAUGACUGAAAAACGGAAAGAUGUUGUGAUGGAAACCCAUUUAGGGCAUUCCAUUCAAAGGAGUAUCAACUUAAUCUAA